CUGGCGUUUUUUUUUGGUGGCGGAGAGGUGUCUCUAGGGCAGCAAGGCUGGGCCAGCCUGCAUCAGGUUAAACCCGCGUGUCACACGUGACCGUGCCCGCUGUUGGCCGAGGGGCCUGGCCCCCCUGGUCCCCGGCUGCCCUCCGUGACCAUCAGCCGCCGUCAGCAUCAUGACGCGCCCGGAGGAGCCCGGCCUGUGCAGCGAUGGAAGCUGGGCUCCUCGGGUGUCCUUGCGCAGGGCCUCGCAGAGGAGGGUGGCGACGCCUCGCCCUGCACCGGGCCGUCUCGGGAGCCGCUGCUACGACAGCUUUCGGACGCUCGGCCCGCUGGCGCUGGCAUUGGCCCGAAGGACGUGGGCGCGCCCAGGGGGAGGCUGGGGCGCGGAGGAGUUCCCAGCAACUGCGGGGUGCAGCCACGUCCCCCUGCGCCGCACCGCGGGGACGCCGGCAGGCGCAGGCUGAGGGUCUGCUUAGUGCGAGACACGGCCUCUCCUGUCCCUCACCGGCAUGGACUCCGUCGAGGUCUUCAAGGGCAUCCGCUUCCCCGGGUUCAUGCACACCCAAGAAUCCCUGCGCACCGCAUGUGGCUUCCAGUUCCAGGACACGGACGUGCUGCUGGUGACGUUCCCCAAGUCAGGGACCACGUGGAUGCAGCAGGUGCUGAGCCUCAUCUUGUGCAAGGGCCACCUCUGGCCCAUCCACAACGUCCCCAACUGGGAGCGUGCGCCCUGGCUGGAGCAGAACAGCUUCGUCAAACUACUUGGCAACCUGGACCCCAGCCAGCCUCGCCUGCUUACCUCCCACCUGGGCGCCGAGGCCCUAGGGCCUGCGCUCCUGCACUCUAAGGCCAGGGUGGUGUACAUGGCACGGAACCCCAAGGACGUGCUUGUCUCCUUCUACUACUUCCACAAAUUGGCCAAGUUCCUGCCAGACCCCAGCUCCUUCGAGGACUUUGUGGCUGAGUUUCUUGAGGGCACAGGCUUCUUCGGCUCCUGGUUCGAGCACGUGAAGGGCUGGCUAGGUCUGGAGCCGGACCUGAACAUGCUCUUUGUCACGUACGAGGAGCUGCACCAGGCACCCCGGGCCACCCUACAGAAGCUCAGUGACUUCCUGGGAUACCCGCUGGGGCCUGAAGAGGAAGACUUUGUCCUGGAGCACUGCAGCUUCCCCUUCAUGAGCCAGAGCAGCGUGGUCAACUACAGCCUGGUGCCCAAGGAAGUCAUGGACCCCAGCCAGGGCCGCUUCCUGCGGAAAGGUGUCAUGGGGGACUGGAAGGAGCACUUCUCUCCAGAGCAGAACGAGAAGUUCAAUACCGUCUACCAGGCCAAGAUGGGCAACCUGGGCCUGCACCUCCCUUGGACCAUGGACUGACCCCAGCCACCUGCGGCUUGCCCUUCCCAGAUCCCGAGCACCUUGGCUGUGCUGAUCCCACUGGCAGUAAACACAGGCAGUCGAGAAGCUGGGCUGGGGGUGUUGGCUCGGCCAGCAGUUGUCUGCCCCUCCCCUUUGCUCCCCGUUGUACCCCAGUGGACUGGCGCAGUUGCUUCAGUGCCCUCCCUGGCUGUGCCUCCGCCACACCCCACUCUGACAUGGGUGCAGCAGGCGGUGUUGCGCCCUCCCCCACACCCCCACUUCAGAUGACACUGUUGCAAUUUGAAGAACGGAGAGGGGACCCAGUGGCUAAAUCAGGAUCUGGGCCCCUAUUUGCACACACGAUUUUGCAGCACGUUUUCAGCCCUGCCCCAGCCUGUGCUGCUACCUAAGCAGAGCUCCCUCCAAGGCCAUUGCUCAGGUUGGGCUGGCUGGGCUCCCUUCUGUGUCCUGACCCAGGCUGCAGCACAGGCCCUGCUACAAUAAAGAUUUGCUUUGGUGUUCCUGUAAA